CCCUCCGGACAAGCCAGCACAGGUGAGGCCCCACUCACGUCCCGCUCGGAGUCCAAAUGUUCUCUCCCUGGAAGAGGCCCAUGCUCCUGUCUGUCCAUGAAGACCUGGUGCCCACCACGGCCUCCUUCAGCUCGCUUCCCCCGUCUGAAACACUUACUUUUUCGGCAACCCCUCCCAUGACGUCAUCGAUGGAGCAGAGGUUAUAUAAGUCAGGCCACCCCGUUUCUCAGCGCUUCCCAGAACAGACAGCACCUCCGGAGGCAGCUGUCGCCGUCCUGUCGGAAAACCCAGCCGAAGUCGCGCUCCAGCUCCCUUCCUGAGUCACUGUGGAUGGCAUCCCGGGCCCUCCUGGCGCUCCAGCCCACCAACCAGAGCCAGCUCCUGCCUCUCAAUGCCACAUCCUGCGAGGACGAUGCUCAGGAGGCCUGGGACCUGCUGCACAGGGUGCUGCCGACCUUCAUCAUCGCCGUCUGCUGCUGCGGGCUGCUGGGCAACCUCUUCGUGCUGUCCGUCUUCCUCCUGCCCCGGCGGCGCCUCACCGCGGCCGAAAUCUACCUGGCCAACCUGGCCGCCUCGGACCUGGUGUUUGUCUUGGGCCUGCCCUUCUGGGCCGAGAACAUCUGGAACCAAUUCCACUGGCCGUUCGGGGCCGCCCUCUGCCGCGUGGUCAACGGCGUGAUCAAGGCCAAUUUGUUCAUCAGCAUCUUCCUGGUGGUGGCCAUCAGCCGGGACCGCUACUGCGUGCUGGUGCACCCCAUGACCAGCCGGAGGCGGCGGCGGCGAAGGCUGGCCCAGGUCACCUGCCUGCUCAUCUGGGCCGUGGGGGGCCUCCUGAGCGUCCCCACCUUCCUGCUCCGCUCCGUCAAGGUCGUCCCGGACCUGAACGUGUCGGCCUGCGUGCUGCUGCUGCCCCACCAGGCCUGGCACUUUGCGAGGAUGGUGGAGCUGAACGUGGUGGGCUUCCUCCUGCCGCUGGCCGCCAUCGUCUUCUUCAACUACCACAUCCUGGCCUCCCUGCGCGGGCGGGCGGCGGUCAUGGACAGGGGUGCGCGCAGCGGGGGCCCCGGGGAGGGCAAGCCCACGGCGCUGAUCCUCACGCUGGUGGCCGCCUUCCUGGUCUGCUGGGCCCCCUACCACUUCUUCGCCUUCCUGGAGUUUCUGGUCCAGGUGCGGGCCAUCCGCGGCUGCUUCUGGGAGAACCUCACUGACCUGGGCCUGCAGUGGGCCAACUUCUUCGCAUUCAUCAACAGCUGCCAACCGGUCAUCUACGUCUUUGUGGGUCAGCUUUUCCAGACCAAGGCCUGGGAGCUCUAUAAAAAGUGCACCCCGGGGAGUCUGACAGCCAUUUCCUCGUCCCAGAGGAAAGAAAUCCUCCAACUCUUCUGGCGGAAUUAAGGCGCCGGAGCCGAGAGGCGUGGCUGCCGGACACGAUGGACACGAUAGCCACUGUUGCCCUAGGCUGAAAGUGGCCCCACGUAACCAGGGCUGCAGCCCCUGGGCCCUGUGAAUGCUUUUAUGGUAACAGGGACUUUGCAGAUGCAACUCAACGAAGGGUCUUGAGAUGGGGCGAUGGCCCUGGAUUAUUGGGGUGGCCCCCGGUAACCACGAAGGUCCUUUUAAAGGGAAGCGGGAGAGUCACAGAAGGCUAUGUCACAACAGAAGCCAGAGGUUGGGGCAACACAUGGAAGGGACCGCAAGCCAAGGGCUGAUGGCGCCCUCUAGAGGCAGGAGCAGGCAAGGGAAGGGAUUCUCCCUGGAGCCUCGGGAAGGACGCAGCCCUGCAGACCUCCCUUCUAUGGCCCGGUGCGACUGAUGUUGGAUGUCUGGCCUCCAGACACAUGGCAUAAUAAAUGUGUGUUGUUUUAA